AUGGACUUAGUCGAAGAGGUACCUACACUUCCUACCCCUGGACCUUCAGCACCUUCCACGUCGACCACGCUCUGCCAACAAUGCUCUUCCAACCCGUCGAAAUACAAAUGUCCACGAUGUGCCCUCCCUACCUGUUCACUCGCCUGCUCUAAAGCCCACAAAGCGUCCACAGGAUGUUCGGGAGAGAGGGACAAGACGAAAAAAGUCGCACUGAAGGACUAUGGAUACGGGGCGAUGAUGGACGAUUACGUCUGGUUGGAAGAGGGGAGGAGA